AUGCUGGAGCUCACCGGCACCGCCUUCAGCGGUGACCGGCCAGGUCUGGAUCUGGUGGUCGUGGUGGACGUCAGCGGCAGCAUGCACGGCAAGAAGAUGAACCAGCUGAAGACCGCCAUGCGGUUUUUGGUGUCGAAACUCAGCCUUAUGGACCAACUCUCCAUCGUCACAUUCUCCAACGCCGCCACGAAGCUCUGCCCGCUGCAACAGAUCACCAAGGCCUCGCAGCGGGAGUUGCAGAUGCUGAUCAACAGCCUAAAGCCCUGCGGCGACUACACCAAGAUCAUGGAUGGUCUCCGGAGCGGGCUCAAGAUCCUUGCUGACCGCAAGGUGAGCGGUGGCCGUGUCGCCGCUGUCAUGCUCAUGUGCGACGGCACGCGGGAUGACGCGCAAGGUGCUAUGCAGGUCGGCGUCAGCAACAACUUGCCCAUCUACACGUUUGGUUUUGGCAUGCACAGCGACCCUAGAGUACUCAGCACGAUCGCGGCCAACAGCAUGGGAGGGACGUUCUCCCACGUUCCGGACAUUGGUGGUAGCGGCCUUACCAAGGCUUUCUCCCAGUGCCUUGCCGGCCUGCUUACCGUCGCGGUUCAGGACCUCGAGCUGACGGUGGCACCCGCCGGCGAUGAGUCGACCAUAGUGAAGGUGACCUGUGGGAACUACCCGCAAACGCGCAACGGUGACUCGUUGACUGUCAGCUUUGGCCACCUCUACAGCAGGGAAGUGCGCAAUGUCAUUGUGGACCUCCGCUUCGCCACGGUCGACAGUGAGCGCAGCACGGAGAUGCUCAGGGUCACAUACUCAUACAACAGCAGCUCUUCUAGGAGACAACAGUUAUUUGCGCCUCAUGAGAUGCUAACCGUGUGGCGCACGAGCGUGGAGGUCUUACACACGUCCUAUACGACAGCGGAGUUACAGAGGGAGGAGGCCCGUCUACGGACAAGGAGAAUGAUCAACGAGGCAAUAACCAUGGCGGACGGCGAGGAUGUGCUUGCUGCCCAAUGCAAACUAGUGGAGGCCCAGAGCAUGUUGGACGAGCAAUCCAACCCGUUACUCAGGGCCGAGCUGCAGAAGCUCCUCGAGCACUUUCAAACCAGCGACGAGUACCUUUGGCGCGGCAGCAUGUACGCGUUCUCUUCGUGCUCUUCGCAUGACCGGCAGCGUUUCACGGCAAGGGGCCACGACGCCGAGACCAUGAGGCUCUUCGCGACGCAACGCAUGGACGAAUACCUGGAGCAGGCCAAGAAGUUCCACAUGGACCCGACGAAGCCGCUGCCGUCGGUGGACGACGACGUCGAGGAGGAGGUCGCUGCUCUUUUGAUUAAUGUCGCCAGCAGGGAAGAGGAGAUGCGGAGAUUAGGCCUGGAUACGGAGGAGAGCGUGCGUCUCUUUGCGACGCCACGCAUGGACACCUACCUGGAGCAGGCAAGGGUGUUCAACGAGGAGCCGACUAUGCCGCUGCCAUCGGUGAAUGAGGACGGCAACAAGUUAUUGGUGGCCCAAAACUCGCUCGAGUGCGUGAUGGAACAAUCCAACCUGCUGCUCAGGACCGAGCUGCAGGAGCCCCCGAAACCUGAAGAAGCCAACAAGGAGCAAGGUCGCGCCUACGCCUUGGCAUCGGAGACUUUGCACGGCCGCCAGCGUUUCCCGUCAAGAGGCGGCCGCGAGGAGAGCCUGCGUCUCUUUUCAACGCCACGCAUGGACGCCUACCUGGAGCUGGCCAGGGUGUUCGACAAGGAUGACGAAGACGUCAAGGAGGAGGUUGUUAGUCUCAUAGAUGUUGUCGCUAGUGAAGAGUGA